UUAUCUUUUGAUUCUUCUCUUGCUUCGAAUUUCUUCUGGUGAUAACUGGGUUAAGGCCUGAGAUUCAUUAUUUGGAUUAUGCGGUUUGAAUCCUUCUUACGGUUAAUGCUUUCACUCUAUUGAUUUGUCGCGACAGAAAAGCUCAGCGACGUUGCAGCGGAGCUCCGUACGUUUUGAGGCAGCCGCAUCCUUUGUUCCGUUUGUUCAGCCAUUUGGCCUUUGUAGACCUGCAAGUUAUCUAAUUCUAAACAUAAAUGACAUACAGACUAUUAUCCUUAUGAUCUUAAUAUCUUAUCCUGCAUUUUGAUUGAAUCAGGUGGGGUCUGUCGAUAACAUCGGCUUGUUCGUAACGGUGCAUGCGCUUUUGACUCACGAAGUGACCGUCAAGAGAAGGUUCAGUAAUUCUUCUUAUUCAUUAUGAUCGGAUCGAGGAGAAGUCGUAGUCGUAACGAUUCGAUAUGAUUCGCCGUUGGGAGGUUCUCAGCUUUUGUUUUCUUUGUCGACUUUGUGCGCUACUUUCUUGUUCUGAUAAUCGUGCCAGAGCAGACCAGCGGAGGCAUAUCAAGUUAUCAACCAACGCACCGGCGUUGCUGCGCCCAUACAGAUUUUCUGGUUUCAGUUUUCACUGUUUCAUUUGAUUACCGUUGCUGCCGUUGCAGUUUGCUUGUUUAUUUCUUUUCCUCAUAGUUUUAACGAUUUGUUUGUACUUUUUGUUUUAUUAGAUUCGCCUAGUUUAGCAGUAUGAGCGCGAAUUUCAAACUGCCAGUAUGCAAAGCACAACCAGAAGAAAACUUCCUGACGUUCCACCAAAUGGGAGUAAUGGAUCGGUUUGGUGGACGCACAAGGUUAAAAGUGUUUCAUGGUGAGAGAGAUGGGGCGACGGACUGGCGGAAUCAGUUCGGCCGACCAUUCUCGAUUUCGGAGAAGAGCAUGAGGAGAAUAAGGGACCCUCGAAAUGUGAUACAGCAGAGAAUCGACGGCCGGAAGUGGAUGUGGAAAUGGUGGUGACCAAGGAGCAGCUAAUCAGCAUCGCGAAAAAACCAUUGAAAGUAUUAAAUCAGCUUUCCUUUCCCGUGACGAAAGCCAGCCUGGGCCCAGCUGGACAUAAACCGCUUACGAUUGGUGGCGCCUCAAGACAUAAACGAGACGCCGGCGGACACUGCGUUUCUGAAGCCUUCCUCAGUUUGAAAUUUGACGACUCUGCUUUGGAAGGAAUAGAACCACCUCGAAAAAGGCAGCACUUGGCAUCCGUUGGGAAUGCCGACGAAAAUGUUGCAUUGUCACCCGUGGUUUUCUCAGUUGGACCGCCCGCGAAAACGAAUAUUAUUGGAGACCACUCCCGGCCGCAUCUUCUCCCAACGGUCAGCAGUCGUCACUGCGGACUGAAAUGCAUUACCGCCGAUGCCCUUAAACGCAUGAUUUUAAAUAAAUUUGCCCCGGAUGAUAUUGAGCGGUUUUGGAUUGUGGACUGCCGGUAUCCGUACGAGUAUGCUGCUGGCCAUAUCCGAACGGCUGUCAAUGCCUACCACCGCGAGGAUCUCGUUAAACAGUUCUUUCAGCAGCCUUACGUCCGUCAGAAUCCCCUGAAACGGAUUAUCGUGGUAUUCCAUUGUGAAUUCUCGGCGGAAAGGGGGCCUUUACUGGCGAGGUAUAUGCGGAAUGAAGAUCGAAAGUUGCAUCAAUAUCCAUACCUUGCGUAUCCGGAAAUUUACCUCUUGGAAGGUGGAUACAAAAAGUUUUUCGAAUGUGCCAAGGAUCUUUGUGAGCCUCCAUUUUAUACUCCAAUGCGUGCGGUGCAGCAUCAGUCAGAGUUCAUUCAUUUCAAAACAAAAGCCAAGUCUUUCCAUGAUUUCACCGUAAUGAGCAGUCGAUCAACACGGUCCGGUAAUAUGUUCGACAUCCAGUCGAAGCAGUAAAGAUACUGUGCUAAAUCUAAGUCCAAGCUGUUUGAGCGGUUAUACUUUGUUGUUGUAACUUGUACGCGUACUUUGUCUGAAUUCCGUUGCACAAGUACAGAAGCUAUCAGUUAGCGUUAAUUUUGUGUCGUUUGCUGAUGAAAGAGUGUUAAGCGCGUACUGUUUUCAGUAUUUUUAUAUCUGAUUUUGUUUAUCCUGAUAGUGAGUGUUAUUAUUUUUUAUUAUGGUGUGCCGUAAAGAAUGUGACCGUCGGAUCUUAUUACUUUUUGUGUAGAAGUCUGCUUUUUGUGCUUAUGAAAGAUGUACACACCAUGGGUUUUGAGCCUUUGUAUUUUUUACGAUGUUUACUCUCAUUUGCAUUGAUCUUGACGGUUUAACCAAAUUAAAACCAGUAUUUGGUGCAUUUAAAGGA